UACAAGAAGGUUCUUGAACUAUAUCUUGAAAACUUUGUAAGGAAGCAUCACCCCCUCACCUGAUGUUUUUCAUUUAUCAUGAUUUUUCUUUUGCUUUGAUCAUGUGACUAAGUUUGAUAAAAUUAGCUUCUAUAUGAAUUUAAUUGUUCUUGUUCUAAAGGCUUUGCGGGCUAUAAGAAAUAAGCACGAUGAGUAUAUGUUGAAGGAGCUUGCCCAAAGAUGGUCAAACCAUAAGGUCAUGGUCAGGCAGCUUUCUCUGUUCUUCUCUUAUCUCCAUCGAUGCUACAUCACGAAAUGCAAUCUCCCUGGAUUCAAUGAAGUUGGGAUAUCUUGUUUCCGGGAUGGGGUCAGUGUCGAUGUCUUCAUGACUUAUUUGACACUGAUAAUGUCUUCAUAACAUUGUUUGAUUUAUUGACAUGCUCAUUUUUAUUAAUUAUAGGUUUAUAUGAUGGUAAAAGCUGAUGCUAGGGAAGCAGUGAUCACACUUAUUAACAAAGAACGAGAGGGUGGACAGAUUGACAGAUCCCUAUUGAAAAACAUUGUAGAUAUAUUUGUUGAGGUUGGUCUCGGGAAGUUGGAUCAUUACGAGCAGGAUUUUGAGAUACAAAUGCUAGAUGAUACAGCCAAUUACUACAAAAGCAAGGGCACAAUAUGGAUUGAGGUUGACUCCUUUCAAGAAUAUCUGUCGAAGGCAAGUGUAUCAAGAAUUUGCCUCUAGAUUUUGUGUUCUAUUGGUUGACCAGCUCUAAUAGUGUGUGUGUAGGCUCUGGAAUGCUUCAGAAAGGAGAACAAUAGAGUAUCUCAUUAUUUGCACUCUAGCACUUGGCAAAAAUUGAGAAAGGUCGUCUUUUGACUUAUUCUUGAUUACAUGGAUUUACCUGAUGUUAACUGUUAUAUCUUUUGGUUCAUCAACUGCAUCUAGAAUCACAUACUGCAUGAUAAUGAUGUAAAACUAGGGUACUG